CUUAGAUAUCACCAAGGCACUGUAGUGGUCACUAAAGCAUUCUCUGACUAUGUUUAAAGCUUACACCCUUAUGUACGAUAGACCUACAUAUCAAAAAAAAAGGAGAUAUAGAUAUUACAAGUAAUUAGAGUUUUUAUCGAUAUAUAAAGAAAUAAAAGAUCAACAAUUGCUAUUUAAGAUAGAGCGAAUUUUAAACCCUUUUGGAGGCAACCUUACAAAAAAACCUAACUUGCCAAUGAUAUGGACUACAAGUUUAAUAUGAGUUAGGCCGAACCAUCCGAAUUAUUGCUAUCAAGUCUUACGCAUGUCUCAAAGUCUGAUAACUGACCCGGCCUAUUAAUAUUAUGUCUACUCUUAAGGAACUACAAGUGAAUGCAAGUAUCCACUAUCAUUAGUUAGUAAAUACCUACCCCCCACUAGUGUACAACAGUGUAUAAUUAAAGAUAACCAGCUUGGAACUCUCCAUGAUCCACAAUAGAAAAAAAAAAUAAGUACCGGACCUUCCAAGCGCUUAAAUAAUGCGGGGCCGCUAUCUGGGCAAUUGGCUGCAUAUGAAAUUCUUAAAAUGAAUAUAAAGUAGUCUGUUCCAGUUGUUACUAACAUCCCUUCCCCAUUAUUUUUAAGGAAGUUAUCUGAUUUCCUAUAGAGUUUUUCUGUCAGACAUGAAGCGCAUCUCAAAGGACAACGAAUUGAAGCUAUCUUCAUCAAUAGAUGCAAUCUUAGCGGAACUUACUACCCCACAAAACUCAGACAUAUCAACUGCUAAAAUCAAUGGGGUUGUAGCAGGCAUUACAACGAAUGUGAAAACGUUAUAUCUAAAGGCGUAUGGGUCAGCCGAUGUGAAUGAGAAGGAGGAACUUUCAGUUGAUCAUGUAAUGUCGUUCUUUUCAUGCACCAAGGCUUUGACGUGUACUGCAAUUCUUCAAUUACAUGAAACAGGACGUUUGGACAUCAAUGCUAACGCUGCCAACUACCUUCCACAAAUAGGGAAAAUUGGACUUAUUGAUGAAGGGCUGGUUUCAGAUGAAGACGGGUCUUUUACGGAAGAGCCCCGAGAGCCCCAAAACCCUGUGACAAUCAAACAUUUGCUUACACAUACUGCUGGUUUCGCUUAUGCAUUCACUAGUAUUGAUUAUUUUUAUCUACUGACUAAAAAAGAACCACAAUUGACUGCUGUAGAUCCAGCACCUGAAUAUUUCAGUCAGGAAAAGUUACCGUUGCUUUUUGAGCCAGGCUCGAAAUGGCUCUACGGUCAUAAUACUGAUUGGUUGGGACUUAUAAUCGAGGAAAUUACAGGAAUGAAGUUGGGUGAUUAUCUUCACGAAAAUUUGUUCAAAAAAAUUGGUAUGACCUCGUGUACCUUCCACGCUGACCAUUCAAAGCCAUACUUGAAGGUUCAUAAAAGAACCGGUAAAUUUGGGGUGGUUGUCAAUAAGGGACGUUCUGUCAAUUCCGACCCCAAGGUUGAUAUGGGUGGCCACGGAUGUUUCGGAACAGUUGGCGAUUAUUUGAAGUUCAUGAGAGUAUGGAUAAAUAAAGGGGUUUCGCCUGACACAGGAGUCAGAAUCCUUGAAGAAGAUACAAUUACUUAUGCAAUUUUAAAUCAUUUGCCUCCCGGGUAUUCUGUUGAUUUUGAAACAGUAACAAGUGCAUUAUUAGAGGAUGGAGGAAAUGAUGGAUUUACUUUAUCAGGGUGUGCCUUUACGGCAGAAAACCUUCCUACUGGCCGACCCAAGGGCACAAUUUACUGGAGUGGAUUAGCCAACCUAUACUUUUGGAUGGACAUUGAGAAUGGUAUUGCCGGCUUUUGGGGUUCUCAAUUUUUCCCAUAUAUGGAUAAAUACUCCAUUGGUGGUUACCUUCGUAUGGAGGAGGCAACUUACCAGGCAUUGGGGAAUGACCUGAAAUUAUAAAGGUUACAUAGACUAGUAGUUCUGAUAAUUAUUUAAUUCUCUAUAGAUAAUAUUUACGU